UUACUGCUUAAGACAAUUUUGGGGGCAGAAGUAGAAGAACUGUGUGCGCCUUUCUCCGUCGGUUCCCAAAAAACUCCAAUUGGUACGGUAAUCCCCCUAUCUCCAAUACAAACCCCUAAUUCUAUCUCAUUCCUCUCCCAUGGAAGAAGAGCUCCACCACGCUCUUCUCACCGGCAGUUGAUUCUUCCCGCUUUCUUCUCGAUAGAUUACUUCACUUUUGAGGUCAGCAUUGUGCUUCAGCAUUGUGCUUCAUUAGUUGGAAAACUAUCAUCAGAAUCAAUGGGGAGUACAUUCAAUCCUCAGAUUUUAGUGGAGAAGCUAGCCAAGCUCAACAAUUCACAGGCGAGUAUAGAGACUUUAUCACAUUGGUGUAUAUUCCAUAUGAAUAAAGCAAAGCAAGUUGUUGAAACAUGGGAUCAGCGGUUUCAUGGUUCUCCACGUGAUCAGAGAUUAGCCUUUCUAUAUCUUGCAAAUGACAUAUUGCAGAACAGUAGGCGAAAGGGUUCAGAGUUUGUUGGUGAAUUUUGGAAGGUUCUUCCAAAUGCUCUUCAUGAUGUGAUUGAAAAUGGGGAUGAGUAUGGAAGGAAUGCUGCACUCCGAUUGAUAGGUAUAUGGGAGGAGAGAAAAGUUUUUGGUUCUAGGGGGCAGAUUCUUAAGGAAGGACUGGUGGGUGGUAGGCACUUGGAAAAUAGUAAUAGAAAUGGAAAGGAUUUGAACUUCAAAUUGAGACCAUCUGCUGGAAAUAUAUUGGAAAAAAUUGUUUCAGACUAUCAUGCUGUUUAUGGUGGCCAGUUGGAUGAAGAUGUUAUAUUAAGCAAAUGCAGCAAUGCUGUUAGCAGUCUUGAGAAACUAGAUAAGGAAAUUGGUGGUGAUAUUAAUUCAGGGCAAUUCCAUGGAUCUGCAUUUGUGGAGGAGCUCAGAGGGCAGCAUGCUAUACUGAGGGACUGUAUUGAACAACUAACGGCAGUUGAAUCAUCCAGAGCAAGUCUUGUCUCUCAUUUAAGAGAAGCUCUCCAGGAGCAGGAAUUUAAGCUGGAUCGAGACCGUAACCAACUUCAGGCCGCACAUUCCCAAUCAGAACAGGCAGGUAAUAUCUGCCAACAGUUACUAGAUAGAAACAAAGGUAGGUCACCAGCUGAACCGAGCCUGAGGGAAGCUCAAACAUCCAUGGCACCUCACAGCUUUAUACCAGGAGAUAGGGAACAAUCUGCUCCAGUAAUGUACACACGGCAGGCUUCCUUUCCUGAAAAAUCUGGCCAGGCUGAGGAUGACCCACGCAAGUCUGCUGCUGCUGCAGUGGCAGCAAAGCUAACCGCAUCGACAUCCUCAGCCCAGAUGCUCUCUUAUGUCCUAUCCUCCCUUGCAUCAGAGGGAGUGAUAGGAAAUCCAGUGAAAGAAUCCCCAAGUGCUUACCCUCCCGAAAAAAGGCAUAAGCUCGAAAAUGACCAAUCCUCUUACAUACCUCAGAAUCUUCAACAAACGCCAGUUCCUCCUUACCCGCAUCCAGAAUCUAUACAACACAGUGUCUCUACCAGCAGCCAACAGUUUACUCCAAAUGAGCCACCACCUCCUCCCUCAUCGUCUCCUCCUCCAUUGCCACCACUACCACCUAUGCCACAAUAUGCACUAACCCAGUACAUGCAAACUGCUGGAUCAGUAACCAGUCUACCAUACAGCUAUGGGGUGGCCCAACAACAGCUGCCUGCAAUGCCUAGUUAUUUGACAAUCGGGGCUCCGGUGAAUGGAAUUCCCACCUUUACAACACCUCCUACAAAUUCUUACCAGGGCUUUCAGGGUUCUGAGGGUAAUAUCUACAACCAACCAUCGUCCAUGCCAAUGGCUCCAAUUUCUCGACAAUAGAAUUUUGAGUUCCAGUGCUAGCUGAGCGUAAUGGAGGUGGUUUUGAUGUUGACCAUAGCUAUUACAUAAUUUAGUGAAGCUUCAUCGUCUGCCUGCCCCUAAAUUCAUGUUUAUGAGAUAUCGAUUCAUACAACUAAUUAGAUUUGCACAUAGUGACUGGAGGUGGUUUUGAGGUAAUUAAAACAGUUCCACUGUAUGACUGUAUUGAGGGAAAGAGGAAUUUAAUUUUAUUGACUAGGGAUAUUACUUGCA